UCAUCAUUUAAAAGCACCAAAGAGGGGGAGAGAGGGAGCGAGAGAGAGAGAGAGAGAGGUGCAGUUGAGAGAGACAGCCUCUUAGAGCUGUGAGGCAGAAGUGAUGGAUUCAACCCACAGAAAAGUGACAGUCUUUUCCUAACAGGCCACAGGCAGAGCACAACCUGCCCCGGACUCUCACUAUCCAUCAGGGAACUACCUCCACCCUCCAACUUAACUCACCAGUUGUCCUUUGAGAGGAUUUUGGGACAAUCUACUCAAUUUCUGCUGAAGAGUUCGUGGCAAGUUCAGCUUCUGCUGCGCUAAUGAACGCCUUUUGAUAAUAGUCUUUACAAAACAGCUGCCUCUUCACUGGUGGAAUGGACUGAGGUGACAAAGAGUGAGUAACUAGACGGCAGAGCACAGAGAAAGGGAGAACAGGACGCAGGCGUGCAGCUUUCACACUUGGGAUGACACUCUACCAGGAGAAACUUCAAUCACCACUGGCAGGAGGGCAAGGCAUCUGAGGGAGUUUCAUCAAUAAUCGACAGCUAUCUCGCUUUGGUGAGUUGGAGAAAAUCAUGGAGCCCCCUUCAAUGGUCCUGCUGGGGCUCUUUGUUUAUGGACUAGCCUGUGGUGUCCAGCAGACUCAGGGGAGUCCAUCGGACAGCAGCCAUGGAAGGGACAGGACCCAGGAAUUUGAGAGCAGUGAAGAUGGUUUAGAGAGAGAGUUUCUCUAUGCUGGAAGGAGCAAGCGUGCUCCGGCUGACCAGCAGCAGGACAAGUGCUCCUACACUUUCAUUGUGCCUCAACAAAAAGUGACUGGAGCCAUCUGUGUUAACUCCAAGGAGCCGGAGGCUAUGCUGGAGAAUCGGGUCAACAAGCAGGAGUUAGAGCUCCUAAAUGUGGAGCUGCAGAAACAAAAGAGGCAGAUCGAGACCCUGCAGCAAUUGGUAGAGGUGGACGGAGGUAUUGUCAAUGAGGUCAAGCUUCUGAGGAAGGAGAGUCGAAACAUGAACUCUAGAGUCACUCAGCUGUACAUGCAGCUGCUCCAUGAGAUCAUCAGGAAGAGGGAUAAUGCCCUAGAAUUGGCCCAGAUGGAGAACAAGAUAUUGAACCAAACCUCUGAGAUGCAGCAUCUCACCAGUCGAUACAAAGAUCUUGAGCACAAGUACCAGCACUUGGCUUCUUUGGCCACGAACCAAUCAACUCUUAUUGCCCUGUUGGAGGAGCAGUGCCAGAGUCGCCCUCCCCCUCGUCAUGUGCCCAUCCCCCAGCCAAGGCCUCAGCCGCCUCCACCAUCACCACCUCUUAUUAAGCCUUACCAGCCACCUGUCCUUCCACGAAUCAACAACCCAAUCAGCAACGAGAUCCAGAGUGACCAAAAGUCACCGCCUCUUCUUCCAACAAUGCCUGCUGGUACACACAGCCCCUCCACCACUGACAAACCCUCUGGUCCAUUCAAGGAUUGUCUGCAGGCUCUGGAAGAUGGCCACACUGCCAGCGGCAUGUGCCUGGUGAAGCCAGAAAAUGCCAACCGGCUUAUGCAGGUGUGGUGCGACCAGAGACAUGACCCAGGUGGCUGGACUGUGAUCCAGAGGAGGGUGGACGGCUCAGUCAAUUUUUUCAGAAACUGGGAGACAUACAAGCAAGGUUUUGGCAACAUUGACGGUGAGUACUGGCUGGGUCUGGAGAACAUCUACUGGCUGACUAACCAGGCGAACUACAAACUGCUGGUCACGCUGGAAGACUGGUCUGGCAGGAAGGUGUUUGCAGAGUAUGCCAGCUUUAGAGUGGAGCCUGAAGCUGACUUCUACAAGCUAAGGGUGGGCCGUUACCAUGGCAAUGCUGGAGACUCCCUUACCUGGCAUAACGGCAAACAGUUCACAACACUAGACAGAGACCAUGAUGCAUAUACAGGCAACUGUGCCCACUACCAGAAGGGAGGCUGGUGGUACAACUCUUGCGCCCAUUCAAAUUUGAAUGGAGUUUGGUACAGAGGAGGACACUACCGCAGCCGCUACCAAGAUGGAGUCUACUGGGCUGAGUUCCGAGGAGGAGCCUAUUCACUAAAGAAAGUGGUCAUGAUGAUCCGUCCAAACCCAAAUACCUUCCACUAAGCAUCCUCGGAACAGACACUGUACUGUAUCUCUCACGUGACAGCUCCUCCUAACAUCCAUGCAAACAUGAUCUCUUUUAUUUGGAGUGGCAGCAGACUAAGCCAGAUGACGAAGAAAGAUUAUGUGGAAAGUGCAAUAUCAAAACAUCAGGCUGAUAUAGUGUUACCUCCUGAUAAUUCCACGAAUUUAAGCACUGUCAUUCAGUUGUCCGUACUAAUUAGUAAAGAUGUGCUCAUUGCUCAGGAGUUGUUUUUAACACACUGUCUAUGAUACAACGUAAACCUGCUUCAUUGACAGUGCUUUCAUUUGAGUGAGAAAUACAAUGUGAACCAAAUUUGACAUGAAAAGAACAGAUUACAAUAAUUCAGCAUUGAUAUGAAAUCUAAAAAUAAAUAUAUGUAUUUAGUAUGUAUGUAAAGUUUUUUUGCAGUUAGAAGCAAAUGAGGUUGACACAGGAAAUGUAUCCAGUGACUUUUAAAUUCAUUCUAAAUACAUUCUUCAAAUGCAAUUAUAGGAACAGUUACAUUUGCUGUAUAACACAUGGUUGAAAUUUGGGCCACUUUUGUUAAUAACAAUAAAAUAAAAUUAAAGUAUGGCCAUUUUCUUUUUCAUACAAAGCCAAAUGUAUCAUGCUAAUAACUGAAAUUACCAAUAACAAAAAACAACAACAACUCACAAGUUUAAGAGAGUACAGUACUCUUUAAAAUCCUAUGUUUUUAAUACUUGUUUUGAAAUCUUGAAUUGCUUGAACAGGUAUUCACCAAUUUGCUUGUAUAAAUCAAGCACUGUAUUUACUGUAUAAAUCUAGUGGUUUGUUGAUGUCAAUAGAUCCAACACAUUGCGUUUGUACAUAAGACAUUUGUAAUAUAAUGUAUGUUAUGUUAUGUCCCUAAUAAGUUGCAAUAAAAUAUGUACAGCUUG